UUUUUUUUUUUUUUUUUUUGAGAAAUUAAAAAAAAAAGCCCCUUCCCAUUCGAUUCCUCUGAGAGAGAAUUUUCCGACAACGUAAGAGAUGAUUGAAGUGGAACUUUAGCUACCCAGAAUCGAGCUUUCUGUUAUAAGAAACACCAACAUUGCUUACUCUGACUCUGAUUCUCCGACAAGGAGGAAAAAGAUGUCGUCGCCGGACAUUGCUGGAAUUCUGGAGAACUCAAGGGAGCUCGAUCGGUUGAGGAAAGAGCAAGAGGAAGUGCUUUUAGAGAUUAAUAAGAUGCACAAGAAGCUCCAAGCUACUCCUGAAGUUGUUGAGAAGCCUGGUGAUAAUUCUUUGUCAAGGCUUAAAAGUUUAUAUACUCAGGCCAAGGAUCUUUCAGAGAAUGAAGUAAUUGUUUCCAACAACCUGUUGAGUCAGCUGGAUGCUCUGCUUCCAUCUGGGCCUCCAGGGCAACAGCGAAGGAGGAUAGAAGGUAGUGAUCAGAAAAGGAAAAGAAUGAAGAAUGAAUCAGAUAUCUCAAGGCUGUCUCCUUCAAUGAGAAAUCAACUGGAAGCUUGUGCUAGUCUAAAGGGUGAACAGGUAGCAGCUAGGGUCACAGGUAAUAAUGCUGAAAAGGAUGAGUGGUUUGUUGUGAAAGUGAUGCAGUUUGAUAGAGAAACUAAAGAAUUUGAAGUACUUGAUGAGGAGCCGGGUGAUGAUGAAGAGGGUGGUGGCCAAAGAAAGUACAAGCUACCCAUGUCAUGUAUUAUACCUUUCCCCAAGAAAAAUGAUCUAUCCAGUGUUCCUGAUUUUCCUCCUGGAAGACAUGUGUUGGCGGUGUAUCCGGGAACCACAGCACUCUAUAAGGCAACUGUUGUCAGUCCGCCACGAAAGAGAAAGACAGACGAGUAUUUGCUGGAAUUUGAUGAUGACGAAGAAGAUGGAGCCUUGCCGCAGAGGGCAGUACCCUUCUACAAUGUGGUUGCUCUGCCGGAUGGACACCGUCAGUGAGUCCUUGCUUCUAAUUGUGUAUAAUUGAAGUUGUGUAGUAUUGUACACCAGACGAUAUUAUCCCCUUCCAACUAAAUGGGACACACCGCUGUAGCAAACACCUCCCUUGAUUGAGCUAUAGUAGUAUAGUUCAACUUUUGCCUGAAAAUUAGGGAGUUGGCCUAGAUUUUGUUCUUCUAAAUUGCAAACUGAAUGAAGGGUUGUGACCGAAAAUGAAUGAUAGCAGUAAGGCUGCCAGGUUGAAA